UUGCUUGUUUGUCUGUUGUCAUGUGUGUCCUUACAAAAAGGAAAGGUCAGGAAACCUUUGCAGAAGAGUACUGACGAGGACUCCUCUUGUCUGUCCACUGCUCCUCGUGAGGCCCCUCCCUCAUCUCUUCUCCGGCGCCAACUCGCCGCUCUUCGUCUUCGUCUUCUUCUUCUCGCAAGGUUCUUGAACAGGCUUGAAGCCACCUAGGAACUACUCCUAUCUUGGAAGAUGUACAAGGCUAAGAGGGCAGCUUCACUUAAAGUGAGGCGACGAAUUGGGAAGUAUGAGCUUGGACGCACGAUUGGGGAAGGAACCUUUGCAAAGGUCCGGUUCGCAAAGAACAUGGAGUCCGGGGAUCCUGUUGCUAUCAAGAUCCUCGACAAGGCGAAGGUUCAGAAGCACGGAUUGGUCGAACAGAUUAGACGGGAAAUUUGUACAAUGAAGUUGAUACAGCAUCCCAAUGUUGUUCGCCUGCAUGAGGUGAUGGGAAGUAAAGCAAGAAUCUUCAUUGUUCUGGAAUAUGUUACAGGAGGAGAGCUUCAUGAUAUUAUCGUUGCGCGUGGAAGCUUGAAGGAGGAUGAAGCACGCAGAUACUUCCAGCAAUUGAUCAAUGCUGUGGAUUAUUGCCACAGUAGGGGUGUAUACCAUAGAGACUUGAAGCUAGAGAAUCUGUUGCUUGACAGUGCAGGCAACCUCAAAAUCUCAGACUUUGGCUUAAGUGCUAUAUCUGAGCAGGUGAAGGAUGAUGGCUUACUGUAUACUUCAUGUGGGACACCAAACUAUGUUGCACCUGAGGUUAUUGAAGAUAAGGGCUAUGAUGGUACGCUUGCAGACCUUUGGUCUUGUGGGGUGAUUCUUUUUGUGAUGCUUGCUGGAUAUCUGCCUUUUGAGGAUGACAACAUCGCGUCCCUUUAUAAAAUGAUCUCUGGAGCUCAGUUUACUUGUCCCUCUUGGUUUUCUGAUGGAGCUAAAAGGCUGAUUGCCAGAAUUCUGGAUCCUAAUCCUUCUACUCGGAUAACUAUCCCUCAACUGUUAAAAGAUCCAUGGUUCAAAAAAGGCUACAAGCCACCUGUUUUUGAUGAGAAAUACCAAACUAGCUUGGAUGAUGUUGAUGCUGCUUUUGGAGAUUCAGAGGAAAAACAUGUGAAAGAGGAAAUGGAAGGGCAGCCAGCUUCGAUGAACGCAUUUGAGUUGAUAUCACUGAAUAGGGGGCUGAAUCUAGAGAAUUUGUUUGAAACUGAUAAGAAGUACAAGAGAGAAAAAAGAUUUACAUCGCAAUGUCCUCCCAAAGAAAUCAUCAAUAGGAUAGAAGCAGCAGCUAAGCCACUUGGGUUUGAUAUCCAAAAGAAAAACUACAAGAUGCAAAUGGAGAACAUAGAAGCAGGAAGAAAAGGAAACCUGAAUGUUGCUACUGAGGUUUUCCAAGUGGCUCCAUCUUUGCAUGUUGUUGUGCUUAAAAAGGCAAGAGGGGAUACUCUGGAAUUUCAGAAGUUCUACAGAACACUCUCUGCACAGCUAAAGGACGUUGUUUGGGUUUGUGAAGGUGAGGCUGAAGAAAAAAGCUCCACAGCAUGAGGCAGCUGCAGAUUGUCUUUCUCAGGAACUAGCAUUUUAGAUUCUCCUGUAAAUAGCUAUCCUUGCUACCUAGUUUUUUGUUGUUGCUCGAUGUAGAAGCAGAUUAAACAUAUAGCAGUAGGUUGAAAACUUGAAAUGCCUCUCUUUUUUGGUUUGAUGAACAAGGGAAGGUUAAAUUGUACGUAGUUGUGUAGCAUUAGAUGCUCUACUGUGUUACUCUUCACUCACUUUCUGCAAGACUGCUGAAGAUGAAGAAUGAACAUGGGAAAGAACAGGCAGUUGGGUGAUUCAGACAAGACUGAUUUAUUCAAUUAUCUCAAUGAGACGCACUGGCAGCAGAUUUGGAUGAACAAGUUCAUCAAGUAUUCUGGAUAAAACAAAUCAAGCAACAGACUCCACACACCC